CAAGGCCAGAGCCAAUUAUAAAUUCGCGGCGCAGCCCAGUUAAAAUCAGCCGCCGCCAUGGCGCAGCCCGCGACGACCUCGACGGAGAACACGCUCAGGAAACUACCCGGCGACGUCGUCACGUACGUGGUGAGUUUCCUGAAGCUUGAGGCCCUGUGUGCCCUCCACACCACCGGCCAAAAGAACGGCUGCCCCGACGAAGCCUGGCGCGUAAGAAUACCUCAAAACACGCUCUUCGCAUUGAAGCAGCCCAAACCGUUCACGACCUUUAGAAACAGAUGGACGGAGUGGGCGGGCGCCCGGCGAAGUGAUUUAGUGGUCCUCCCGGGCCGCUUCCGCUUCCAGGGGACCGUCGAGGACCGGAAGGGUUUGUGCCGGUCGACGGGGCGCAUGGACUUUUCCGCAAAAUUAGUUUGCGUCGGGGCCGUGGCGCACACGCGUGUUAGUAGUGGUGCAAAACUAGAGGGCCGGGGCUACGGCCAUUUAUGCGCGAAUAUCUUACCGGAGAAUGGGAAAAGGGGCUGGGCCCUCGCCUGGAAGGAGAAGGUCGACGAGGCCGCGGGCUACUAUUCUUAUGUUGGGUCGGUGAGGACUCUGUCUGACGGGUCCCUGAUCUGGUCAGGUUCUUUUUCCUGGUUCGGUCGUUUACAAGGAGCCUUCCGCUUUGUAUUAUCAAGGGAUGAUGGUACCGACGAAGCUACGAUUCAUAGAGUCUGGGCGGGGCGGUCGGCGGCGCGCAUCCUGGAAGGACCCGCUCCUAGGCCGCCCCUCGAGUUGUUGCGGCCGCCGCUGCAGAUCAACCCGGCGGCGCGGCAGUUCGUCCGGCGGCUUGUAGACUUGCCGCCGGGGGCGUUGUAAAUACAGGUGCUUA